AUGCAACUUAUCGACAGCUCUGCUAUAACAUCCGGAGACUGUCGCUUUGUCCUUGUAAUGGGCUCAUCAGUCUGGAAAACGAGUGAAGCGGUCCCACAACCCUGCAGUUUAAAGUUCCCUAGUACAAAUAUUAAAAUAGUUUUCCAAUCUCUCAUCGAUGUGUCAAGUCCACCCAGGCGGCCUAUUCCAGAGCUCUUACCUCAGAAGCAAAUGGCACCUUUGAGGAUAAAUAUACCAGACACAGAUGCACAUUUCAUAAGUCCAGCACCUUCUCCUACAGGUACUAUAAGUGCUGCAAACUCCUGUCCUGCCAGCCCCCGUGGGGGUGUAGGAAAGCGAAAUAUUGUGAAUGAGCUUCAAAUGGCUGCAUAUGCGGCAGCAGCUGUCACCAACAAUGAUAAAAAUGAACAGAAACUUCAACCCACACACAGUGGUGAUGCUCAUCAGCCUUCGAACAAUAACGGGUCCAGUUCAAAAGAUGAAAAGCCUCCUUAUUCAUACGCUCAGCUGAUAGUACAAGCAAUAUCCUCAGUGUCUGACAGACAAUUGACUCUCAGUGGAAUUUAUUCUUACAUUACAAAAAAUUAUCCCUUUUACAGAACAGCUGACAGAAGUUGGCAGAAUUCAAUUCGCCACAACCUCUCUUUAAACAGAUAUUUUGUCAAAGUGCCAAGGUCCCAAGAAGAACCGGGUAAGGGCUCUUUUUGGAGGAUAGAGCCACAAUCAGAAGCCAAACUCAUAGAACAGGCAUUUAGGAAAAGAAGACAACGGGGAGUCCCGUGUUUUAGGCCUCCUUAUGGAGGUUUAUCUUCUCGUUCUGCUCCUGCAUCACCGAGCCAUAGUGGGAUGAGUGGGCUCGUGACUCCGGAUUCCCUGUCUCGAGAGCCGAGUCCCAUCCCCGAAAUGGUGCCUCAAGAGUUGGACUGCAAUCAACCUUAUGCUUCAAACUUUACACAUUAUCCUCAGGCAGGAACAUACUUUCAUUUGAAUUCUGCAGACUCUAAAAGUGGUUUCUCAAAUCCAGGAUCACCAAGAAGCUUUGCAACUAAUCACACAGCUCCUCAGAACAUCAGCAGCAGCCUUCAGCCGUCAACACAUUACAUCAAACCCAGAGCGUACAUCCCUGCUCCUCUCAUAAAUAUGGUUUCAAACGGCAUUCUCAGCAAUGGCAUCCACAGUGAUUAUCCUCAGAACUCUGAAAAGCUUUACGGGCAGUUGAUGAAUCUUCAGAGGAACAGUGACACACAAGGAUCUGAUCCAGGGUCCAAGCUACCUCAGCAGCCAUCAGUCAUCAUGCAAGCACCUCCCUCUCUCUCCAGCAGUUCCUAUCCACUAGUUUCUGCUCUUCCGCCAGGCAUCUCACAGCCAAACUCUGGCACUGAAACAUUAUCACAGCACAUCGCAGAUCAACAGAUCGGCCAGUUGUCCAAACAGGAGGCAGAAACAAUGCAUAACAGAAUAGCCUUGGCCGAAGACUCGGACCCCUUAGAGCUGGGGGAACCUAAGCUGGACCACCUGGGCCUAGUGGUAAAUCAGGGCCUGCAAACCAGUGCAUUUGAUAUGGACAGAGAUGAAAAGUCUAGCCUUGUAGAGAUGCUAUAUGUCAUGGGAAAAGCCAAGUAG